ACAUUCUCUCGUUCAUCAUCAGCAAGUCAUCAAGCAAAAAUCAAACACUACAAUCUAAAGCAAAAAUUUCAAACUUCAUACAUCCUCAGUUUUCUUCAACCAAAAUGUCUCUGAUUCCAAGCUUUUUUGGUGGUCGCAGGAGCAACAUUUUCGACCCAUUUUCACUCGACGUAUGGGAUCCAUUCGAGGGCUUCCCAAUCGCCAAUGUCCCGUCCUCUGCUCGUGAAACUUCUGCUUUUGCAAAUGCAAGAAUCGAUUGGAAAGAAACCCCACAAGCCCACAUUUUCAAAGUGGACGUUCCAGGGAUAAAGAAAGAGGAAGUGAAAGUUGAAGUUGAAGAGGGGCGAGUUUUACAGAUAAGCGGUGAGAGGAGCAAAGAGCAAGAGGAGAAGAAUGAUCAAUGGCACCGUAUGGAGAGGAGUAGUGGUAAGUUUUUAAGGAGAUUUAGGUUGCCUGAGAAUGUUAAAAUGGGGGAAAUUAAGGCUGCAAUGGAGAAUGGUGUGCUCACUGUGACUGUUCCGAAAGAAGAAGAGAAGAAGCCUGAUGUGAAGGCUAUUGACAUUUCUGGUUAAUAAUGUUUGUUUUCUAAUGUCUUUUUAGUUGAAUUUUGUGUGUCUGUGUAAUGGUUUGUGGUUGUGAGUGUUAUACUUGCAGUUGUAAUGAUCAAGAGAUUAAUGAUUGUCAUUUAAUAGUAAUAUUUUUACUGUUUCUGUCUUUUA